CGCUGCCUUCCCUGUGCUUGCCUCUUAGAGCUCAUUCACCACGCCACUGGCUGUCCUGACUCUGUCCUGGACAGCGUGCCUGCCAGCCACCACCAGCCAUGGUGGGGCCUCGGGGCCUCCUCCUGCUCUGCCUCCUGGCCUUCUGCCUGGAAGGCUUCAGCUUCGUCAAGGGGCAGAAGGUACGAUCCAAACGAUGUGACACGAAGACCAGAUAUUUCACUCACAUACCCUGCACCUCAUGUGCGGCAGUCAAGAAGCGGGCGUGUCCUCUAGGCUGGCGUCCAGAGUUCCCGGAGAAGAUAUCCCAGGACUGCCGUUAUGAAGUACAGCUGGGGGAUUCUAUGGUGUCCAUGAGCGGCUGCAGCCGGGAGUGCUGGAAGGAUGUGGAGCAGAAGGCCUGCUGCCCUGGCUACUGGGGCUCUCAGUGCUAUGAAUGCCCUGGGGGGACUGAGACCCCAUGCAACGGCCGUGGGACAUGCCUGGAUGGUAUGGCCAGGAACGGGACCUGUGUGUGCCAGGAGAACUUCAGUGGCUCAGCCUGCCAAGAGUGCCGGGACCCCAAUCGCUUCGGGCCCGACUGCCAGUCAGUGUGCAGCUGUGUGCAUGGUGUGUGCAGCCAUGGCCCUCUUGGGGAUGGAAGCUGUCUGUGCUUUGCUGGAUACACUGGACCCCGCUGUGACCAAGAGCUGCCCACCUGCCAGGCCCUGCGUUGUCCCCAGAACUCCCAGUGCUCUGCAGAGGCCCCUGCCUGCAGGUGCCUGCCUGGUCACACCCAGAAGGGCAGCGAAUGCCUAGCUCCUGACCCCUGCCGGCCAUCCCCCUGCUCCCCACUGGCACAGUGCUCCGUGAGCCCCAAGGGACAAGCUCAGUGUCACUGUCCUGAGAACUACCAUGGCGAUGGGAUGAUAUGUCUGCCCCAGGACCCGUGCACCGUCAACUUCGGUGGCUGUCCUAGCAACUCCACCUUAUGUGUGUACCGGAAUCCAGGCAAGGCCUUCUGCACCUGUUGGCCAGGCCUGGUCAGCAUUAAUCACAAUGCUUCCAUGGGCUGCUUUGCCAUCUGCUCCACUCACUCCUGUGACAAGUCAGCCACCUGCCAGGUGACCCCCAAUGGGAAGACAAGCUGUGUAUGCAAAGAGGGUGAAGUUGGCGAUGGGCGUGCCUGUUACGGACACCUGCUCCAUGAGGUGCAGAAGGCAAACCAGAUAGGCCUGGUGUUCCUGUGGCUGAGAGUUGCCGUGGCCAUGCUUGGCCAGGGCUGCCAGGAGAUCCUUACCACGUCAGGCCCAUUCACUGUAUUGGUGCCAUCCAUUCCCAUCCCCUCCUCCAGAACCAUGAACGUGUCCCUUGCCCACCAGCUCUGCAGACAGCACAUCAUCGCAGGGCAGCACAUCCUGGACGACACGGGGCCCCAGCAAACACAAAGGUGGUGGACACUGGCUGGACAGGAGAUCAUUGUCACCUUUGGUGGCCUCAUGCGAAAAUACAGCUACAAGUACAAGGAUCAGCCCCAGAAGACAUUCAACAUCCAAAGGGCCAACUACAUAGCAGCCAAUGGAGUAUUCCACGUGGUCACUGCUCUGCGGUGGCAGCCUCCCUCCGGGACCCCUGGAGAUCCCACGAAAACUAUUGGCCAGAUCCUCGCCUCUACAGAAGACUUUAGCCGGUUUGAAACCAUCCUGGAGAACUGUGGGCUGCCUUCCAUCCUGGAUGGACCUGGGCCCUUCACAGUCUUUGCCCCAAGCAAUGAGGCCGUGGACAGUUUGCGUGAUGGCCGUCUGAUCUACCUCUUCACAGCUGGUCUCUCCAAACUGCAAGAGCUGGUGAGGUAUCACAUCUAUAGUCAUGGCCAGCUGACCAUUGAGAAGCUCAUCUCCAAGGCUCGGGUCCUCACCAUGGCAAAUCAGGUCCUGGCUGUGAACAUUUCUGAGGAGGGGCGCAUCCUGCUGGGACCAGAUGAGGUCCCGCUGCGGAGAGUGGAUGUACUGGCUGCCAACGGCGUGAUCCACAUGCUGGAGGGCAUCCUUCUGCCCCCAACCAUCCUGCCUAUCCUGCCCAAGCACUGCAACGAGGAGCAGCACAAGAUCGUGUCGGGCUCCUGUGUAGACUGCCAAGCUCUGAACACCAGCACAUGCCCCCUCAACAGCGUGAGGCUGGAUAUCUUCCCCAAGGAGUGUGUCUACACCCAUGACCCUACUGGGCUCAAUGUGCUGAAGAAGGGCUGUGCCAGCUACUGCAACCAGACCAUCAUGAAACUUGGCUGCUGCAAAGGAUUUUUUGGGCCCGACUGCACACAGUGUCCUGGGGGUUUCUCCAACCCCUGCUAUGGUAAAGGAAAUUGCAGUGAUGGGAUCCAGGGCAACGGAGCCUGCCUCUGCUUCCCAGACUACAAGGGUAUUGCCUGCCACAUCUGCUCUAACCCAAACAAGCAUGGAGAUCACUGCCAGGAAGACUGCGACUGCGUCCAUGGUCUCUGUGACAACCGUCCAGGUAGUGGGGGUGUGUGCCAGCAUGGCACAUGUGCCCCUGGCUUCACUGGCCGCUUCUGUAAUGAGACGGUGGGAGGCUGUGGGCCCACAGGGCUGGCCCAGCACUGCCACCAGCAUGCCAGAUGUGUUAGCCAAGGGAGUGUCACCAGAUGUCUCUGUCUUGAUGGCUUUGAGGGUGACGGCUUCACCUGCACACCCAGCAACCCCUGCUCCCACCCAAACCGUGGAGGCUGCUCAGAAAACGCUGAAUGUGUCCCUGGGGCCCUGGGCACCUACCACUGCACAUGCCACAAAGGCUGGAGUGGAGAUGGCCGCAUCUGUGUGGCCAUUGAUGAGUGUGAGCUGGACGGGCGAGGUGGCUGCCAUGACGAUGCUCUCUGCAGCUAUGUGGGCCCUGGGCAGAGCCGGUGCACCUGCAAGCUGGGCUUUGCCGGGGAUGGCUACGAGUGCAGCCCCAUCGACCCCUGCCGGGCAGGCAAUGGUGGCUGCCAUGGCCUGGCUACCUGCCAGGCAGUGGGCGGAGGUCAGCGGGUCUGCACAUGCCCCUCUGGUUUUGGGGGUGAUGGUUUCAGCUGCUAUGGAGACAUCUCCCGGGAGCUGGAGGCAAAUGCUUACUUCUCUGGCUUCUACCAGUGGUUCAAGAGUGCUGGCAUCACGCUUCCUCCUGGUAGCCGAGUCACAGCCCUGGUUCCAAAUGAGGCUGCAAUCCGUAGGCUGAGCCCCGAGGACCAAGCCUUCUGGCUACAACCAAGGAUGCUGCCAAAACUAGUCAGGGCCCAUUUUCUCCAGGGUGCCCUCCGUGAGGAAGAGCUGGCCCGGCUAGGUGGGCAGGAUGUGGCCACCCUGAGCCCCACCACACGCUGGGAGGUUCACAGCACCAGUGGGAGGGUCUGGGUACAGAAUGCCAGUGUGGAUGUGGCUGACCUCCUUGCCACCAAUGGUGUCCUACACAUCCUCAGCCAGGUCUUGCUACCUUCCCGAGGGGAUGUGCAGGGUGGGUUGCUGCAGCAGCUGGACUUGGUGCCUGCCUUCAGCCUCUUCCGGGAGCUGCUGCAGCGCCAUAGGUUGGUGUCCCAGAUUGAAGCCGCCACCGCCUAUACCAUCUUUGUGCCCACAAACCGUUCCCUGGAGGCCCAGGGCAACAGCAGCAUCCUGGAUGCAGAUGCAGUGCGACACCAUGUGAUCCUGGGGGAGGCACUCUCUAUGGAAGCCCUGCGGAGAGGGGGACACCGCAACUCUCUCCUGGGCCCUGCCCACUGGCUUGUCUUCUACAACCACAGCGGCCAGCCUGAGGUGAACCAUGUGCCGCUGGAAGGUCCUAUGCUGGAAGCCCCUGGCCGCACACUAUUUGGCCUGUCGGGGGUCCUGACCGUGGGCUCAAGCCGCUGCCUGCACAGCCACGCUGAGGCCCUGAGGGAGAAAUGCGUAAACUGCUCCCGGAGAUUCCGCUGCACUCAGGGCUUCCAGCUGCAGGACACACCCAGAAAGAGCUGUCUCUACCAAUCUGGAUUCUCCUUUUCCCGGGGCUGCUCUUACACAUGUGCCAAGAAGAUCCAGGUACCUGAUUGCUGCCCUGGCUUCUUUGGCACACUGUGUGAGCCAUGCCCGGGAGGUCUGGGGGGAGUGUGCUCAGGCCAUGGGCAGUGCCAGGACAGGCUCCUGGGCAAUGGGGAGUGCCACUGCCAUGAGGGCUUCCACGGAAUAGCCUGUGAGAUGUGUGAGCUGGGCCGCUACGGGCCCAACUGCACUGGAGUGUGUGACUGUGCCCAUGGGCUGUGCCAAGAGGGGCUGCGGGGUGAUGGAAGCUGUGUCUGUAAUGUGGGCUGGCAGGGCCUCCGCUGUGACCAGAAAAUCAUCGGCCCUCAGUGCCCCAAGAAGUGUGACCCCAGUGCCAACUGCAUGCAGGACUCUGCUGGAGCCCCCACCUGUAUCUGUGCUGCAGGAUACUCAGGCAAUGGCACCUACUGUUCAGAGGUGGACCCCUGUGCCUACGGUCAUGGGGGCUGCUCCCCUCAUGCUAAUUGCACCAAGGUGGCACCUGGACAGCGAACAUGCACCUGCCAGGAUGGCUACACAGGCGACGGGGAGCUGUGCCAGGAAGUUAACAGCUGUCUCUACCACAACGGGGGCUGCCACAUUCAUGCUGAAUGCAUCCCCACAGGCCCCCAGCAGGUAUCCUGCAGCUGCCGAGAGGGUUACAGUGGAGAUGGCAUUUGGACCUGCAAGCUCCUGGAUCCCUGCUCUCAGAACAAUGGAGGCUGCAGCCCUUAUGCUGUGUGCAAAAGCACAGGGGAUGGCCAGAGAACAUGUACCUGUGACGCAGCCCAUACUGUGGGUGAUGGCUUCACCUGCCGUGCCCGAGUAGGUCUGGAGCUCCUCCAGGAUAAGCAUGCCUCAUUCUUCAGUCACCACCUCCUGGAGUACAAGGAGCUCAGGGGCAAUGGGCCUUUCACAAUCUUCGUGCCUCAUGCAGAUCUAAUGACCAACCUGUCACAGGAUGAGCUGGCCCGGAUUCGGGCACAUCGCCAGCUCGUGUUUCGCUACCACGUGGUUGGCUGUCAGCAGCUACGGAGCCAGGAUCUGCUAGACCAGGAGUAUGUCACCGCCCUGUCGGGGCACACCCUGCGCUUCAGUGAGAGGGAGGGCAGCAUCUAUCUCAAUGACUUCGCACGGGUGGUGAGCAGUGACCAUGAAGCUGUGAAUGGUGUCCUGCACUUCAUUGACCGUGUCCUGCUGCCGCCUGAAGCGCUACACUGGGAGCCUGACGCUGCCCCGAUGCUGCGGAGGAACGUCACUGCGGCCGCUGAGAGCUUCGGUUACAAGAUCUUCAGCAGCCUCUUGUCGGUGGCUGGACUCUUGCCCCUGCUUCGAGAUGUAUCCCAUAGGCCCCUCACAAUGCUGUGGCCCACAGACUCUGCGCUGAGAGCCUUGCCUCCUGAUCGCCAGGCCUGGCUAUACCAUGAGGACCACCGUGACAAGCUAGCAGCCAUUCUGCGGGGCCAUAUGAUCCGCAACAUUGAAGCCUUGGCAUCUGACCUGCCCAACCUGGGUCCACUCCGAACCAUGCAUGGAACCCCCAUCUCCUUCUCUUGCAGCCGCACCCGGCCAGGUGAGCUCACAGUGGGUGAGGAUGAUGCCCACAUUGUGCAGCGGCACUUGCCAUUUGAGGGUGGCCUGGCCUAUGGCAUUGACCAGCUUCUGGAGCCACCUGGCCUUGGUGCUCGCUGUGACCGUUUUGAGACCCGGCCAUUGCAACUGAAGAUCUGCAGCAUCUGUGGGCUGGAGCCACCCUGUCCUGAGGGCUCACAGGAGCAGGGCAGCCCUGAGGCCUGCUGGCGCUACUCAAGGUUCUGGAUGUCUCCUCCACUGCGUUCUUUGGUACUGCGUAGAGUCUGGGCCCAGCCUAGCCUCUGGGGCCAGCCUCAAAGCCGGAGCAUGGGCUGCCACCGCAACUGUGUCACCACCACCUGGAAGCCUAGCUGCUGCCCUGGUCACUAUGGCAGUGAGUGCCAAGCUUGCCCUGGUGGCCCCAGCAGCCCCUGUAGUAACCACGGCGUGUGCCUGGAUGGCAUGAGUGGCAGUGGGCAGUGUAGGUGUCGUUCAGGUUUUGCUGGGACAUCCUGUGAACUCUGUGCUCCAGGUGCCUUUGGACCCAGCUGCCAAGCCUGCCGCUGCACCUCACAUGGCCACUGUGAUGAGGGCCUUGGGGGCUCUGGCUCCUGCUUCUGUGAUGAAGGCUGGACUGGGUCCCGCUGUGAGGUGCAGCUGGAGCUGCAGCCCGUGUGUGCCCCGCCCUGCGCACCCCAGGCCAUGUGCCGUGAAGGCAACAGCUGUGAGUGCGGCCUGGGCUAUGAAGGAGAUGGACGUGUGUGCACAGUGGCAGACCUGUGCCAGGAUGGGCAUGGUGGCUGCAGCAAGCAUGCCAACUGCAGCCAGGUAGGCACAGUGGUCACCUGUACCUGCCUGCCCAACUACGAGGGUGAUGGCUGGAGCUGCCAGGCUCGAAACCCCUGCGCAGAUGGCCACCGUGGGGGCUGCAGCGAGCAUGCCGACUGCCUAAGCACUGGCCCGAAUACACGGCGCUGUGAGUGCCAUGAAGGCUACGUGGGUGAUGGAAUGCAGUGUCUGGAGGCCCUGGAGCCACCCGUGGACCGCUGUUUGGGCCAGCCACCACCCUGCCAUGUGGACGCUAUGUGUACUGACCUGCAUUUCCAAGAGAAACGGGCUGGUGUCUUCCAUCUCCAGGCCACCAGUGGCCCCUAUGGCCUGAACUUCUCAGAGGCGGAGGCAGCAUGUCAGUCCCAGGGUGCUGUUCUUGCAUCACUCCCUCAGCUCUCUGCUGCCCAGCAGCUGGGCUUCCAUCUAUGCCUCGUGGGCUGGCUUGCCAAUGGCACUGCUGCCCACCCUGUCGUUUUUCCUGUGGCAGACUGUGGUGAUGGUCAGGUGGGCAUAGUCAGCCUGGGUACCCGCAAGAACCACUCAGAGCAAUGGGAUGCCUACUGCUUCCGUGUGCAAGAUGUGGCCUGCCGAUGUCGAGAUGGCUUUGUGGGUGAUGGGAUUAGUGUGUGCAAUGGGAAGCUCCUUGAUGUCUUGGCUGCUACUGCCAACUUUUCCACCUUCUAUGGGAUGCUGCUGGGCUAUGCCAAUGCCACCCAGCAGGGUCUCGACUUCCUGGAUUUCCUGGAUGACGAACUCACCUACAAGACACUCUUCGUCCCUGUCAAUGAAGGCUUUAUGGACAACAUGACGCUGAGUGGCCCAGAUCUGGAGCUACAUGCUUCCAACACCACCUUCCUAAGUGCCGAUGCCAGCCAGGGGAAGUUACUCCCUGCCCACUCAGGCCUCAGCCUCGCCAUCAGGGAUAUAGGCUCUGAAAACAGUUCUUGGGCCCCUGUGGCCCCAGGGGCAGUUGUGGUUAGCCGUGUCAUCGUGUGGGACAUCAUGGCCUUCAAUGGCAUCAUCCAUACUCUGCCCAGACCUCUCCUGGCACCUCUACAGCCUCGGGCAGUGCUGGCACCUGAGUCCCGGCCUGUAGUGGCAGGUGUGGGGGCUGUGGUAGCUGCUGGAGCACUGCUCAGCCUGGUGGCUGCAGCCCUUUACCUCCGUGUCCGAGGCAAACCCACAGGCUUUGGCUUCUCCACCUUCCAGGCAGAAGAUGAUGCUGAUGAUGAUUUCGCCCCAUGGCAAGAAGGGACAAACCCAACCCUGGUUUCUGUCCCCAACCCCAUCUUUGGCAGCCAUGAUGCCUUUUGUGAGCCCUUUGAUGAUGCUCUCCUAGAGGAGGACUUCCCUGACACCCAGAGGAUCCUCAUGGUCAAGUGAUGAGGCUGGUGCUGAAGCAGAGACGUGUGCAGAUGUGCAGGAAGGAGAUCACUUUUAUUGCUUGUCUGAACAGAUACCCAGACUGGAUGAUGGGGCAGGAAGGGUGGGAGGGGGGACCUGUCCCCAACAAUAAAGGUGCCCUUAGCGGA